AUGGAUUUCUUCCGCGCCUGUGUUCUUUGCACGGCCUUUCUCGGCUGGACCAAGGCUUUUACGCAUCAGGAUAUGAGAGAGGCGCUCCUAAGCAAGCUGGGCCUGGAUGAAAUCCCCGAGAUCCACAAAAGGGAUUUGGAGAACUUGGUUGUACCGGCUCACAUCAGAAAUAAAUACUUGUCAAUGUUGAAGAUGCAUCACAGUAGAAGACGCCGAGCGCUUCCGAGCUUGGCCGGCAUUUUAAGAGGAAUUCCAGGCAAUGCUGACAUAUCAGGAGAGUAUGUGUACUCUGACACCACUCGGCAUCGCGUGGUAUUCGACAUGGAGGCUCGGAUCCCCGAUAACAGCGAGGUGACCAUGGCCGAGCUCAAACUCUACCAGCGGGCUUCGAUCCACAAACGCCUCGCGGUGGAGAGGAAGACCCACCGACCCGUCAGCAACGCCAGAGUCAGCGUUUACUGGGUCGAGGAGCUGCCGAACGGAUCCAACCGGACUUCAUUGGUGGACUCGCGGUUGAUUCCCAUUCACGAAACCGGCUGGAAGAGCUUUGAUGUGACCCAGGCUGUGCACUAUUGGUCGAAGACGCAGCAGAAGACGCCCAUGCACCUGGAGGUGUGGAUCGAGGGCGAGAGACCUGGCAGCUACGCGGCGGAGGUGGCGAAAAGUGUGCGCUUUACCACCCAGGAGCAGACGGACAACACCUUGGGCAAACCCGAGCUCGUCCUCUACACACUCAACCUCGAAGAGUACGGUUCUCGUGGCGACUGUGACAUCAACCAGAGCAAAGCAACCUGUUGCAGGGAAGAGUACUUUGUGGACUUCCGUGCCCUAACGUGGACACAGUACUGGAUCAUCGAACCGGCAGGGUACCAGGCCUUUAGGUGCACCGGAGGCUGCAGGCAGCCCAAACGGAACUACGGUUACGGGGAGAGGAGGUGCACGGUGUCGGAAAGCGCCCCCUUGCCAAUCAUGUACCUGGUGAAGAAGGGCGACUACACUGAGAUCGAAGUGGCGGAGUUUCCCAACAUGAUCGUAGAAAGGUGCGCUUGCACCAUGGACAAUGUCUCCAUAGUGUGA